AUUUUGACCUCCCCUGAACGCAUGAACCGUCACAGCGCGCGGAGCUUGAAAACAGAAGGAGGAAACUUCCUCGCUCUCAGAAACCAGAACAGAUCUCUAAAACCACCAGGACCUGUUAGACUUUACAACAUGGAGUUCGAUGGGAGCCUCUUACUGGAGUCUGACCGGGAUGUGAAGCUGGUCACAGAGUUAGACAUCAAACAGAGGAUGACUCUUCACUGUCAGCACUGCAACACAGUCCUGGGAGACUCCUUAGGUGUUUGUGGGGAACUCAAAUGUAUGGACUCUAUCAUGUGCCUCAAGGUCACAGAUGAUGUGGUCAUGAGUGAUUCAAAGGAGUCAGGACAUAGAGGAGAAAUGGCGAAUUGCAUCUACAGCUCUCUGAAAUGUCGAGGCUGUCGUUCAGCCGUGGGGAAAGUCAUUCACGCCUCCCCGUCACAUUUGGCCGCGAUGCGCUCCAUCUUCCUCCUCCACAAAUCAAACAUCAGCUGUUACAUCCUCAGCAGCAGCUCCAUGGUCAAAGCGUCAGAACUCACAUUCGAGGUGAAGGUCUUUAAAGAAAGCAUCACAGAGGCGAGACAGCAGUUUGAAGCACAGCUGGAUCAGAUGUUGUGCAUUAAGAGCAGACUGGCUGACAGGAGUGUUUCCACUCUGCUGCACCAGUAAUAACGUGGAUCAGGGUCAGAGCGUCACAGUUUGUGGUCUCUGUGAUGCACAUUGCUGCCAUGCUCCCUGCAGAUACAGUUACCCUUCCUCUGCACCUUCGACCUCACCUUGCUCUCACUGUGUGUUUUUUACUGAACCAAGCUGCCGUGUCACAUAUUGUGGUGUGUGACUUUGCAUAAACAUGAGGAUAUGGCGGUGCAGUAAACACACUCCUGCUGGUUAGACUUUAGAUGAAAUGUCAACACUUCUUUUGAGAUAUGAAUUCUUCUCUCUGUAUGAAAUCUAAAACAGUUAAAGGAAGAGAAACAUUCAAGCUGCAUGUUGGUGUGGAUGAUUUUAAGACUGAUGAUGAACUAAUGUGAUCACAUAAUCCCAAAACACAGACGCUUAACAUCCUUUUGUUUACUUUGUGUCAGAUAUGUUCUUUUUAAUGUGCUAUGUUAAGAUUUUUCUGCAUCUUUGUUGUGAAGUCUGUUUUUGUCAAUAAAUAAAAAGUACAUUUUAAACUUCA